AUGCUUCACGCCUCGUGGCGGGCAGCUCUGCGCCAGACAUCGCGCUCACAUGUCGCCCUCACCACCUCGCGCGCCUCUUCGCGCUUUUUGCCUGCACAAUGCACGGCGUCGCUCGUAGCUCGAUACCCGCACCGCUGCCCUUCGCCGCCUGCUGCGCUGUGCGCCUACCGCACCUUCUCCACCUCACUGAGCCGGCAGAAGGAAAAGGACCCUAAGGCAGCACCCGAGGAGACAGCCGCUGAAGAGACAGACGAGUCGAAGAAGCUCAAGGAGCAGGAGAAGGUGGCAGACGAGCUUGAGGCGAAGACCAAGACGCCCGACCCAAUACCCUCAAAGACAGGCUCCGGCCGGGGCAGCGCCGCAGGAGGCGAUGGCGGCUCAGGCGGCGACGGAGGCGGCCGGAAACGCAAGAACAGCCCACUCGUCAAGCCUUCAAUACCAGAAGUCUACCCCCAGGUCAUGGCCAUACCCCUCGCCAAGCGCCCACUGUUCCCCGGCUUCUACAAGGCUGUCACCAUCCGCGACAGGGAGGUCGGUCAGGCAAUCGCAGACAUGGUCAAGCGUGGACAGCCGUACAUUGGUGCUUUCAUGUUCAAAGACGACGCUGUCGACAAGGACGUCAUCGAUGACCCCAGUGAAGUGCACGACGUUGGCACUUUCUGCCAGGUCACGAGCGCAUUCCCCGUCGGCUCCGAAGACAACUUCGCCAUGACCUGUGUGCUGUACCCACACCGCAGGAUUAAGAUGACCAGCCUCUUGCCACCCAAGGGUGAGAAGCAGACGUCUGCUGGAGAAGCAACCAUCGCCGACCUCCCCGAAGGCGAGGCUGCACCGGCCGAGACAAAGGCUGGCGAGUCCAAGGGCGAUGUCGUCGCCAGCUUCGAGGAGGCCAGCGAAGACGCAAAGUCGGUUCAGGAAGACCAGACACUUGCCAUCCUGAAGGGCCGCCAAGUCAGCAUUGCCAACGUCGAGAACAUGGUCGAAGAGCCCUUCAGCAUGAAAGACAACAAGGUCAUCCAGGCCCUUGUCAACGAGAUCGUCAACACCUUCAAGGGCGUCGCGCUCCUGAACCCCAUGUUCCGUGAUCACGUUGCUACCUUCUCCGUACACACCACCAUGAGCGUGGGCGAGGACCCUGUAAAGCUGGCAGAUUUUGCUGCAGCGGUCGCUCAAGCCGAGUCUCACGAGCUGCAGGCGGCGCUCGAGGAGAUGGAUGUCGAGAAGAGGCUGAGGAAGUCUCUGGAGGUCCUGAAGAAGGAGCUCAUGAGCGCCGAAUUGCAGAAAAAGGUUAGCGACGAGGUGAACAACCGAGUACAGAAGAAGCAUCGCGAAUUCAUCUUGAUGGAGCAAAUGAAAGGCAUCAAGCGCGAGCUUGGCAUCGAGUCAGAUGGCAAGGACAAGCUCAUUGAGAAGUUCAAUGAGAAGGCUGGCAAGCUGGCCAUGCCUGAGGGCGUCAGGAAGGUCUUCGACGAGGAGAUGAGCAAGCUCUCCGGUCUUGAGCCUAGUGGAUCUGAGUUCAACGUCACCAGGAACUACCUAGAUUGGCUGACCCAGCUCCCUUGGGGCUUGAGCAGCGCCGAGAAUUUCGGCAUCAAGCACGCCCGUGAAGUGCUGGACGAAGACCAUUACGGACUGAAGGAUGUGAAGGAUCGCAUUCUGGAGUUCAUUGCUGUUGGCAAGCUCCGCGGGUCUGUCGAGGGCAAAAUCCUCUGCUUGGUCGGUCCUCCUGGCGUGGGUAAAACCUCAAUCGGAAAGUCGAUCGCAAGAGCUCUGAACCGCCAGUACUACCGUUUCAGUGUCGGUGGUAUGUAUGAUGUUGCCGAGAUCAAGGGCCACCGAAGGACCUACGUCGGCGCUCUGCCUGGUCGCAUCAUCCAGGCGCUCAAGAAGUGUCAGACCGAGAACCCGCUUGUCUUGAUUGACGAGAUUGACAAGCUUGGCCGCAACAGCAACCACGGUGAUCCUGCCGCGGCACUGCUGGAGCUGCUCGAUCCUGAGCAGAACAACAGCUUCUUGGAUCACUACCUGGAUGUUCCCGUUGAUCUGUCCAAGGUUCUGUUUGUUUGCACAGCGAACAUGUCCGACACCAUCCCUCAGCCCCUACUUGACCGUAUGGAGAUGAUCGAGCUGUCUGGUUACGUUGCCGACGAGAAGAUCGCCAUCGCGGAGAAGUACCUUGCGCCUGCAGCGAAGGAGAUGAGUGGUUUGAAGGACGCCGAUGUCAUUCUUGAAAAGGAAGGCAUCGUCGAGCUCAUCAACAAGUACUGCCGAGAGUCUGGUGUCCGCAACCUGAAGAAGCAAAUCGAGAAGGUCUACCGCAAGUCCGCCCUCAAGAUCGUUACUGAAGUCGGCGAAGACGCUCUGCCGGAGUCUGAAGCGCUUACCGACGAGGGCAAGGCCGCGCAGGAACAGUCUGACAAGGACAAGAGUGACGUCAAGGAGACACCUGAGGAUAUGGAGAAGCAAACAGCACCAAAGCCUCGCGUUGCACUCAAAGUCCCUGACACAGUGCACGUCUCCAUCAACAAGGAUAAUCUCAAGGACUACGUCGGCCCGCCCGUGUUCACCGCCGACCGGCUCUACGACUUCACACCACCUGGUGUCGCGAUGGGUCUGGCGUGGACAUCGAUGGGCGGCUCUGCUUUGUACAUUGAAUCCAUCCUGCAGAACGCGCUCUCCGCCUCGUCACACCCUGGUCUCGAGCGCACUGGUUCGCUUCGCGACGUCAUGAAGGAGUCCACAGGCGUUGCCUACUCGUACGCCAAGUCGAUACUGGCGCGCGAAUUCCCCAAGAACAGGUUCUUCGAGCACGCAAGACUACAUCUGCAUUGUCCCGAAGGCGCGGUGCCGAAGGAUGGACCGAGCGCUGGUAUCACCAUGGCAUCGAGUCUCUUGUCAUUGGCUCUCGACACACAGAUCCGAGAUGCCGUGGCGAUGACGGGAGAGCUCACACUCACUGGUAAGGUGCUCAGAAUUGGCGGACUGAGAGAGAAGACGGUGGCAGCACGGAGAGCAGGCGCGAACAUGGUCAUCUUCCCCAAGGACAACUUGAGCGACUGGUUGGAAUUGCCCGAGAACAUCAAAGAGGGCAUCGAAGGCCACCCCGUGGCCUGGUACUCGGACGUCUUCGACCUCAUCUUCCCGGACCUGGACAAGGAGGCGGCCAACAAGCUGUGGGAGAAGGAACUCAAGGCUAAGAAAGGGGACCGCAAGAGGAAAGAGCAGAAGCGGAAAGACGAGGACGAGGACGAGGACGAUGACUGA